CUUUUGCGAUUGCCGUUUUUAAACGAAAUAGCAAAAUGAGGGGAUGCGCUUUUGCUGCGCUUUUCGUGGUCGGCAUUGCUUUGGGCCUCCUGCAGUGCGAGGCACACCCAAAGGGAAGUCGAGGAAAGGGCCCAGUCCAAGCAAGGGGCGCGGCAUCGAGAGCAAGGCGGGCAACCUCGACCGAAACUGUUAUUGAGCUUGCUAGUGGACAAGUCACAAGGUUGCGCGGAAACAGCGUCAAAUCCAAUGCUGGGCGGGUGGAAGUCUUCUCAGGCGGGAAGUGGGGCGUCAUCUGCGACGACUACUGGGACAUAGUAGACGCCAAUGUCACUUGCAAGGAGCUUGGUUUCCCCUUGGGAGCCAAAGAGCCCACCAUCGAGUCGGCCCACGGCACUGACGAUAUUCCAAAUGACCAUAUUGCCAUGGACAACACCCUCUGCCAAGGUCGUGAGCUUUCAAUUCACGACUGCUCUCACACCAGCCAACAUGAUUGUGAAACGGAUGAGUCUUCAGGAGUUGUCUGUGAAGAAAGUGAUGGUUGUCCUUACGGGUGGGUAUACAACAACGGACUGUGCUACUUUCUGUACGAGGAGGACCAGGACUACGCGGGAGCCUACCAGACAUGUUCUGACGAGGGUGGAGGACUUCUUCAAAUUGAGUCACAGAAGGAAAGUGACUUUAUCUCGGACUGGAUUACCAACAACUAUGACUUACUCGACCAUUCUGGUAUCCUGAUAGGCGCGUUCAGACAUAACAACAGUUGGGGUUGGCCAGGCAGCGCGCUUGGAUUCGAUUUUGUAAAAUGGUUCCCGGGCUUUGAAUCCGAGUUUGUCAACCCACCAACAGCGUCACAGAACUGUGUCGCUUUGAGGAAUAAGUAUUUCUCCUCUCAGUCCUACUCUUACGUGAAUGUGAACUACUUCUACUGGACGCCCGUCAACUGCGAUGAGUCUCGCGCAUUUAUUUGUAAGAUGGUUGCAAGUGCCGGUGAGCAGUGUUUCAACGGAAAGGGAACAGACUACCGGGGAACAAUCUUUAGAACAGAUAAGGGAAGUUUGUGCGAGAGAUGGUCCGAUACACCAACCAAUGUCGUCACCAACCCUGGAGAAGGUCUUGGUUGGCACAAUUUCUGUCGCAACCCUGAUGGUGACAAGGCGCCUUGGUGCUGGACGGACCACAAAAGCAAUACAUUUGGGUACUGUGCUCUGAAGGAAUGUCCAAUCAGGCCGAUACAAACACAUGCGUCGCAAUCCAGAUGCUCUCAACGAAACCAAUUCGAUUGCUAUAAAAGUCCUGCCGACAGAAGCUGUAUCUCUAUAUCAUGGAAAUGCGAUGGAGAGCAGGAUUGUCCCAAUGGAGAAGAUGAACUGGUGUGCCCCUCUCGCUUGGACGAAUUCACCAAAAUACCCAACAAAGAACUUCCAGUAUCAUUUGUCAAUGUCUUCUACAUCUCCCUCCUGGAUGGGUGUGGGAAUCUUUGCCUUAAAAGGCGUGAUUUUGUCUGCCGAUCCUUCUCGUUCAACCGUGAUAGAGAGAUGUGCUACCUCAGCGAGCACAGCACCAAUUCACCUGGACUGACUUUGGAGGAUUGUAACGACUGUGACGUGUACGAGCUGUCUUCACAGUCUGUUGGUACCUGUCCUGGAUUUCGUUGCGAUAACGGAAAGUGUAUUGUCGCAACUGACGUCUGUGAUGGUUUCGAUAAUUGUAAUGAUUUCACGGAUGAGCGCGACUGUGAGAACACGGAGCCGUUUGAAAUACGCUUGACCGGUGGCAACGCCAACUACAAAGGAAGUGUUGAAGUAAAGUACCUUGGGGAGUGGGGAACCAUUUGCGAUGAUGUAUGGGACAUAAAAGACGCCAAAGUGGUCUGCAAGCAACUUGGAUUCAGUGAUGCAAAGAAGGCGGUAGGCGGAGCGCAGUUCGGGAAAGGUGUCGACAACAUAUUUCUUGACGAGGUCGAAUGCGUUGGUGAUGAGACAAGCAUAGAGAAUUGCCCCCACUUGCCUUGGAGGAGCCACGACUGUCGGUCACACGAAGUGGCCGGUGUCAUCUGUGAAGCUAAUCGUGGUUGCGAGGGAGGUGAAUGGCAGUGCAGCAAUAAGCAGUGUGUGCUCCUUAGCUGGAUCUGUGAUGGCACUGACGACUGCGGCGACGGGUCUGAUGAGGUUAGAUGUGAUAAAGGCGAAACCUUGGUAAACCUUGUCGGGGGCUCCAACGCCCAGGAAGGGCGUGUAGAAAUCACCCGUAAUGGGAUCUUAGGUUCCAUUUGUGACGAUUUCUGGGAUGACAUGGAUGCUACUGUUGUAUGCAAGAUGCUGGGAUACAAAAGCGGAACAGCAACGAUCGAAGCCAAUUUCGGCGAAGGCCAAGGACCAAUUUGGUUAGACGAUGUCGCCUGCACUGGAAGGGAAGAUCACAUCAUGGACUGCCCGGCAUAUGAUUGGGGAAUUACCAACUGUGACCACUCUGAGGACGCUGGGGUGGUGUGUUCAAAUUUGGAUGUGACCACCAGACCGCCAAAUCCGGGGCCCACCACACCGAUCGUCCCAGUCGCCUGUGGCAGCCGGCCCAUUGUUCAGCCAAUGGCACGGAUUGUUGGCGGGUUUGAUGCAAUUUACGGGGCUUACCCUUGGCAAGUUGGUAUCAGGAAGAAUAAUGGUGGCCAAUGGGGCCACUAUUGUGGCGGAACGAUCAUCAACGAAUACUGGAUUAUCAGCGCCGCGCAUUGUUAUGAAGAUGAACCAAAGGAAGAUUUCAGAGUGCGCGUAGCAGACCAUGACAAUCAAGAGUUAGAUCCGAACGAAGAAGAAUUUCAUGUCGCGGAGAUCAUCAAUCACCGACGGUUUAACACGGGCAAUUUUGCCAACGACUUCGACGUCGCCCUAAUCCGCAUCCGCCCCAAUUCCAAAGGAAAAGGUAUCACCUUCAGUAACUACAUUCAGCCAGCGUGCUUGCCGACAACCACCACUCCUUAUACACGUGGACUAAAGUGCUUCAUAAGCGGCUGGGGAAACACCGGAAGUGAUUAUCCUCGGAUGAUGCAAGUGGCAAGGGUACCCAUCAUCGAUCAUACAGAGUGCGAUGAAAUGUACAAAGGUGCCGUGUCGCCGUUCAUGUUCUGCGCCGGCUACAGGGCUGGAGGAAUUGAUACUUGCCAAGGAGAUAGCGGCGGGCCUCUUGUCUGCGAAGUUGGAGGGAAGCACACCAUCAUGGGAAUUACCUCGUGGGGCCAUGGCUGCGCUGAGCCGGAAUCACCAGGCAUUUACACCAAAGUUGGAAAGCUCGUCGACUGGAUUGAAAGAAAGAUUACGAAUACAUAGAUCAUUAAUACAUUGUGGUCACCAUCUGAAUUAGAUAUGCAAAUGAACUAGUAUAUUGCACAGUCUGCACGUGUAGUAGGUGCCACUUCACAGUUGAUACUCUAUCUUAUGAAUGAACAGCAAUAGAAUUAUGACCAUUUAUAUUGCACAAGUAAGUUGUAUAUUUUGUGUUGAAACUUCGAAAACUCAAUCAGCUUGAUCACAUUGUAAAUGCGAAUUGCUGUCUUUCUUUGAAAGAAUAUUGUAAAACGGUUCUUUCCUAAUUCCGUGAAGGAAAUGCUUUAACACGAGAGACUUGAAAUCGAUUGUGAUUAAAACAUUAUUAUUAUCUUAA